AUGGAAGUUGACUCUCAGGACCAACGCGAUGUGCCGAUGAAGGAUGCCGAACAAGACAACAUUAGGGUCUCUACUGUAGGCACUCCCUCAUCGAAGGGCGACGUUCUCAGGAUUGUGGAUCAAACCAUCGACGACGGCGGAGCUGUUAAAUACACAGUUGUAUGGGAAAACGGCGAUACCACAGAGGAGUCUGUGGAAGCCCUAGGCCAGUGGGAUGAUCUUGUUCAGGAAUACGAACACAGCCAAUUUUCAAAAUCAGAAGUCAAAUCCAACACUCCUUCGCCUCCACCAGCGCAGGUAAAAAAGUCCAAGAGCGAUGGCGAUUCUUCCAAGCGACGGUCCUCCCUCGCCUCGCGGCCUUCUAGGACGAAAGCCAAGGCCAAUGUCCAGUACUUUGAGGGCGGCGACGACUCGGAUGAUGGUGGUGAAUACUCUGGAUCUCGAGGAGGCAAGAAGGCGACCAAAUCCAAAAAGGCAACAUCUAGCGGGGACGAUGUUCGGGAUCAGGACCAAGAUACACCCCCUGCCUCAACAAUCUCGGCACGCGGUUAUCCACGACGAGCUGCACAAUCCGUGGCCAGGACCCAACGGCCAAUCGAAUCAUCGGAAGGCUCUUCCGACGAGUCAGCACCCCAAAAGCCUAAACCCGAGCGUAAAGCGGCGCCGGCGACGUCAUGGGCAACAGUACCCAAGUCCAAAAGGACUAUUGCUGCCACAUCUACUGAGUCAAGCUAUGUCCAGGCACAUCAUCCAUUUUGCACACGCUGCGGUCAACGAGGCGAGGUCUCCAAGCGCAAGUCCAAAAAGAAGAGCGACGACGAGGAGGAUGACGAACCCCUGGGAUCACUUUUGCUCUGCGAGUGUUGUUCAGCUGGAUACCAUCGUGCUUGUCUCCGAAAGACCUACACUGACAGCCUGAUCGGGACUGGAUUUCGGUGCGAGGCCUGCAUUAAGACCAAGGGAGCAGAAUGUCUCGAGUGUCAUGAAUGGGUCGGUCGGACGCCUCCACCAACACCUACCGCAAAGCCUACAGAGACCACAGCCAUGGAUACGACGCCACUAACGGAUGCUGGAGUGACAGCAACAGUGAACGGGGCGGAUGGUGAAGCAACAGCGGGCGGUGCCGCUGCAGCCACUGUGUCUACAGCUGAGACAACAUCUGACAGUCCAUCGACGGAAGACUCUGGCAAGCCUUCAGAAGCAACAGAGGAUUCACCUUCGACAAAGUCAGAGGAUUCUGCCGAACCGACAGUCGAGCCUCCCACGAUAUUGUUCAGGUGUUUCCGCUGCACGUAUACCGCUCACGACAAAUGUCUCAAGCGGCUGUCAACCAUGGAUCCAGGAAUCAGUCAGGCCGAGAUCAUACGGCAGUACAGGAAGGACUGGAAGUGCCAUCAAUGUCUGGAGUGGGAUAUGGAGCUGGAUCUGAUUCUUGCGUUCCGUGAUGUCCCCAUCAUUUCUGCUUCGAUUUCUACCGCCACCAACGAGACUCAGGAUGCUGAUGUGGAAAUGCAGUCAGUCGAUACCCCUAAUCCCUCCACACCGAGCUUAUCAGAGUCGACCACCAAGGAUGGCAGCACCUUCACUCAAGCACCCAACACCACGCGCGAGCUCCUUAUCAAGUGGAAGAAUAUGUCUUACAGGAAGCUGACCUGGGUACCCGCCUACUGGGUCAGCCAAGUGGUGUCACCCGCCAAGAUCAAGUCAUUCUGGAAGCGGACGCCAGGCCCUGCAGAAAUUUCUGAUAUUGUGCCACCGGAGUGGCUCCAGGUCGACAAGGUCCUAGAUGUCAUCUUUGAUACCGAAUAUGACGGGUCAGAGGACGACAUGGACGCGCUCGACCACAUCCAGAGUGUCUUUGUCAAGUGGAAGUCGCUGGAUUAUGACCAAUCCACCUGGGAUGAACCAGACGAGCCUGAUAGUCCCCACUAUGCCUCGUUCAAGGCAGCCUUCAAGGAUUGGGUAGCAGCACAAAAGAUCCAGAUCCCUUCUCGCGCCAAAAAGGGACGGUCUGGCGUUCAGCCACGGCCAGCAAACCAGCCACCAUUUGCCGAGUUAAAGGAGCAGCCUUCUUACAUCAGUGGCGGCACACUCAAGGACUACCAAAUGGAUGGUCUCAAUUGGUUGCGGUACAAUCACUCAAAGGGUGUCAACAGUAUCCUGGCCGAUGAGAUGGGCCUGGGUAAGACUAUCCAGAUGGUGGCGUUCGUGAACACUCUGUUCCACCAACUCAAGGCCUUCCCAUGUCUUAUUGUCGUCCCCAACUCGACUUUGACCAAUUGGGUCCGCGAGUUUGCCAAGUGGUCGCCUGAUCUUCGUGUUGUGGCCUACUAUGGUCCCCAGAGUUCUCGGUCAGUUGUUCGGGACCACGAACUCUUCCACCGUGGCACUCACGACCUCAAGUGCCACGUCGUGGUGACGACAUACGAGAUGAUCGUCAACGUUACCGACAGUGUCCUGUUCAGGAAGAACUCAUGGGAGUGUCUGGUCGUCGACGAGGGUCAGCGUCUCAAGAACGAGAACAGUAUGUUGUUCGUCAAACUGAACGAGCUGGUGAUCGAGAACAGGGUGCUGUUGACUGGAACGCCUCUGCAGAACAACAUUCGCGAACUGUUCAGUUUGAUGAACUUUUUGGACCCUGUCCAGUUCGCUGACGUGACUGAGCUCGAAAAGAAGUACGAGAACCUCGACAAGUCUGCCGUCGAGGAGCUGCACGGAUUGCUCAAGCCAUUCUUCCUUCGUCGUACAAAGGAUGAGGUGCUCAAGGACUUGCCUCCUAUGAGCGAGGUGAUUGUCCCUGUAGGCAUGUCUGCUCUGCAGAAGGAGAUCUACAAGGGCAUCCUGGCGCGUAACCAUAAGUUACUCCAGUCGAUCACCAACCGUGGAGGAACUGCUUCCAACCGCAAGGCUUCUUUGCACAACAUCCUUAUGGAGCUCCGCAAGUGUCUGAAUCAUCCCUAUCUCAUCGAGGGUGUCGAGCCCAGAUACCUGAACACUGCAGAGCUGGUCCACAAGAGUCUGAUCGAGGCGGGUGGCAAGCUCGAGUUGCUCCACAACAUGCUUCCCAAGCUGAAGGCGAACGGUCAUCGCAUCCUCAUCUUCUCGACCAUGACCCGCCUGCUCGACAUUCUGGAGGAUUACCUUAAUGGCGAACGAUACAAAUUCGUCCGCCUCGACGGAAGCACGAGCAGCAACGAUCGUCAGGCCAGGAUCGACAAGUUCAACGCCCCCGAUUCAGACGUGUUUGUCUUUUUGUUGUCGACCAGAGCUGGAGGAGUCGGCGUCAACCUGGCGACCGCAGACACUAUUCUCAUCUACGAUGUCGACUUCAACCCAAAGGCAGAUAUGCAGGCCCUUUCUCGCGCCCAUCGUAUAGGACAGAAGAACAAGGUCCUGGUUCUCAAAUUCAUGACUAGGAACUCUGCCGAGGAGCGCAUUGUGCAGAUCGGCAAGAAGAAGAUGAUUCUGGAUCACUUGAUUGUCGAGCGUAUGGAAGACGAGAACCUGGACCCCGUUGAUGUCGAGAGUAUUCUCAAGUUCGGUGCCAAGGCUCUCUUCGAGGAGGAGUCGACGACGAACGAGGAUGUCAAGUACGAUGACGCCGCCCUAGAUGCCCUUCUCGACCGCAGCAAGAUUGAGCGCAACAAAGUAGACGAGAACGGAGAGUCCAAGGUCGGCGGUUUUGGAUUUGCCAAGGUCUGGACCGAGACCAAGGGCAUUGUGGAUGAGGAGAUCCCCAUCGAUGCACCGCCAGAGACUGAAGAGCAAGGAUUCUGGUCCACCCUGUUGCGAGACCGUCUGGCGAUGGCGUAUGCUCAAGAGGAGGAAACCCUGGGUAGAGGGGCUCGUCGCAAGACUGUCCUUUCUUAUGCGGAGAACGGUAACAACGAUAGCCCCUCCAAUAAGAAGCGCAAGGCAGGGAAGGAAGUGCCGAAGGAAGAAGAGGAGGACUAUGUCGAUCAGGAGAUGGCGGGAUCGGAGGUAGAAUCGGGCGAUUCUGAUGCUGGAGGUGAUCCAGAGAACGUGAUAAAUGAGUUGGAUAUCGGCAAGCGAUCAAAGAAGAGCAAGGGGCUUGCCUACGAUGCGAACCAGUCACCUUCGCAGCCGACCGAUAUGGAGGGCCUGGAGGAUGGCUCGAGACCUGGCGGAGAGCACCACACCAAUGUAGAAGGAUCGACUGGCAAGAUCAAGAAGGCACGCAUGCAGCCACCGUCGCCUUACCAGAUGCAUGCAGGACCGGGAGGCAUGAUUCCUGGACGAGGCGGAGCAGCUAUGGAUGCUGCUCAAAAGAAGCCAGGGCGCAAGUCACCACCGUGCCUUGUCUGUAGCCGGAGCCACCGAGACCGGUGCCCAGAGAGCCAAGAUAUACCCCUCGUGUUGGAACGGAGGCAACAGAUUGCCACCAGCAACCACCCCGAUAAUUACAAGAACAUGGCGCUCGCUGUUCUCGACCGGUUCUUGCUGGACAAGCAGAUCACACCCCUCGAGCUCCCCAAGGGUAAGACUGCCAAGAACCUCACAGCGGCAGCAGCACGGCUCGGCAGCUCCGCAUACCAGGACAAUCUCCGGUCGAUGUCCAUUGGCAAGGCCUUUGUCCCUACCAUCACCCCUGGUCACUGCAUUGUCUGUAACCAAAUCCCUUACCACCUGCCGUUCCAGUGUCACGAGUCCAAGAAUAUCCAGUUUAUGCAGGAGCGCUGCAGGGCGAUCACACUGGAUCCUACAAUCCCGGACAGUAAGAAGCAGGAUCACAUCGCGACAAUCAAGAUGCUCAUCUCAAAAGAGGCGCCGGCAUUACCUUCGCGGGGUCAUGCUGCUCCCGCUUCAGCUCCUCCAGCAUCUCGACGCCAAGCACCAUGGGGUGGAUCCGGCCCUCCUGGACCUCCAUCGUCCCAUAACGCCUCCUCGCGCAAUGUACCUACAUCUGCAGCGGCUUCGGUCAUCCUGGCAGCAGCAGCAGCUAGCGGCGGAUCUUCUGGCUCCUCAUCCAAGCACUCAGGUCAAGGCCAGCGACUCAGCCAGAGCGGUCAGGGCCAUCAAGCCUAUAGCACCCAGAUCCCUCCUCAGUUCAUGAGCUCCAGGCCUUCUAAGGGUGGAUCUCACGGUUCUCCUUCCAACUCUGGCCAGGCUGCCUCACGACAUGAUGGUCCUCGUCAGCGCGAGUACAACUACAACCCCAGGACGAUGCCCCCAGCCGCCGGACCUCACUUGACGAUCGGUGCACGAGAAAGCAGCAACUAUCAGCCUCGGAAGCCUGCUUUCCGGGGGGACAAUGGCACGAUACAAGUCCCAUCCGGUCGUGGAGGCGGUGGCGGUGGCGGCCAUGGUCCUGCUCAGGAAUACUCCGGCUCAUUCAGCAAUCGCGACUAUGGACGGGAACCUCCGCAAGGAGGUGACAACUAUGGUCGUGAGCAGGAGCGGGAGCGGGAUCAUGCAAACUAUGGAUCUCGGCAUGGUCACCCUCAGGAGCCACAGGAACGAGAGCACGACCGUGACCGUGACCGCGAACGCGAUCGUGAACGUGAACGUGGACACCAUCACCAUAGUCACCACAGUCACCACCAUGACGGACGCCUUGACGACGUCGCUCGGUCUCAAGACUUUUCGCAAGUAGACAACGGCUCUUAUGCUAACAAUAAGACUGCUCGUUAUCCACAGGAGCUUUCGCCGAAACAGCACCGCUAUCCUAUGUCUGAGCAGCCACCGCAACAGCAACACCAACACCAACAGCAACAUCAACGACAGCAAUACCCACACCACCAUUCUCAUCAGGUCCAUGCCAGCAGCAGUGGUAGUUCCCGACCUCAACUUUCAGGUUCUAUGUCCCCACCCCCGCGUGAUGAUCAUCGCAGGGUUGGACGGCAGCAGCAGCAGCCGGGAGAGUUGCCUGGAAUGGAGAACGGUGACCGACGACGCCCUUCCGGUAGCAGCCAGCCUGAACGAGAGGUGGUGAUGGAUGAUGAUAUGACCUCUUCUCCUCCACUUGAGCCGCGCAAGCCUAAUGGAUCUUUGCAACUAUCGCGGAAACCGCUUCAACAUCAACAACAAUAUCAGGAGAAGGAGAGGUUUGACCAGGGCGAGGAUCUGUCAGAGAGACAGGACGUGUUUGAGCCCUCAACAAUGAGACCAACAAGCAACAACGAGCCCGUUUCAGUCCAAGUCCAAGUCCAAGUCCAAGCCCACGAGUAG